UUGAGGUAACAGGAAAAGGAACAGCAGUGCCGAACAGAGAAGCCACGAUGAGUGGCAGAGCCAUUGUUUCAUGUUUCUCUCUGCCUUCAACUUCAUCAACCUCUGCCCCCUUUCUACUCUCACGGAGAUACCAUCUUAACCAUGCAACUUCAACUUCACUCUUCCCGUCACGGCGGUGCCUUGUUACCGGCGGCGGAAGGGGCGGUGGCAAGGUGUGGACCAAUGUGAAGUCGGAGAAGAACGUGUCUGAGUCACCCAAGUACGAGGAUGUUGUUGUUCAGAAGGGACGUGGUUUGGAUAACUUGGAAGCUGAAGUUGCAUCAGCAACGUGGUGGCAAGUGUUUCCCAAGAGAUGGGUCAUUGUGAUUCUCUGCUUUUCCGCUUUUCUUCUAUGUAACAUGGAUAGGGUAAAUAUGAGUAUUGCUAUACUUCCUAUGUCUGCAGAAUACAAUUGGAACCCAAGCACUGUAGGUUUAAUACAGUCUUCUUUCUUUUGGGGCUAUCUCCUCACUCAGAUUGCUGGUGGAAUAUGGGCAGACACAGUUGGAGGAAAACAAGUAUUGGGAUUUGGUGUGGUUUGGUGGUCUGUUGCGACAGCACUCACUCCUAUAGCUGCAAAACUUGGAUUGCCUUUCUUACUAGUUGCUCGUGCAUUCAUGGGAAUUGGUGAGGGGGUUGCUAUGCCAGCCAUGAAUAAUAUUCUCUCAAAAUGGGUUCCUGUGGCAGAGAGAAGUAGAUCACUGGCACUGGUCUACAGUGGCAUGUAUCUUGGAUCAGUCACUGGACUGGCCUUUUCUCCCUUCCUAAUUCAUCAGUUUGGAUGGCCAUCAGUAUUUUACUCCUUUGGUUCUCUGGGGACAGUCUGGUUUUCUGUGUGGCUUAGUAAGGCACGUAGUUCACCUCUUGAAGAUCCUGAACUGCGGCCUGAAGAAAAGAAGUUAAUUACUACCAACAGUUUUUGCAAGGAACCUGUGAAAACAAUACCUUGGAGAUUAAUUUUGUCAAAAGCUCCAGUCUGGGCUCUGAUAGUGUCUCACUUUUGCCACAACUGGGGAACUUUCAUUCUUCUUACAUGGAUGCCAACAUACUAUAAUCAAGUCUUGAAGUUCAACCUUACAGAAUCUGGGCUAUUUUGUGUUUUACCAUGGUUGACAAUGGCCCUUUCUGCAAAUCUUGGUGGUUGGAUUGCAGACACUCUUGUGAGCAAGGGUUUAUCAGUUACAAGGGUCCGCAAGAUAAUGCAAACCAUUGGGUUUCUUGGCCCUGCUUUCUUCUUAACUCAAUUGAGCCACAUUAAUUCUCCUGCAAUGGCUGUUUUGUGUAUGACGUGCAGCCAGGGAACUGAUGCAUUCUCUCAAUCUGGAUUGUAUUCAAAUCAUCAAGAUAUAGCUCCUCGAUAUUCUGGGAUAUUGCUUGGUCUAUCUAAUACUGCUGGAGUAUUGGCUGGUGUUUUGGGAACAGCAGCAACAGGUUACAUUCUGCAGCAUGGCUCCUGGGAUGAUGUUUUCAAGGUUUCAGUUGGGCUGUAUUUGGUUGGAACUGUGGUGUGGAACCUUUUUUCAACUGGUGAAAAGGUCUUGGAAUAACUUAUUCUCAUCGAUAAUUGGCACUUGUCAUGCCACAUGUAUAGACAAAUCUUGAGGACAUUCCCCCAAAUAAGGACCAUGAGAAGAAUAGGAGGUUCAAGUAUAUGAAGCAACUCAUUUUACUUAGGCUUUUGUGCCUGACAAAAUGGUAAAUUUUGUGGAUAGAGCAUUAAACAUAGAUCAGAGGGAUGACAGGUGUCCUUCUCCUUGAAAAUUGAAUUGGCACAAUUUAAUCCCUGAUGUUUUAUCAAGGGAAAAGGUUUAGAUUCUAUCCCCAUCUUUCUGUUUUUUCCCAUUUUUGGUGGGAAGAUCGAAGUAGUUGCUUAAUUUGAAAUCUUACUUGUAAAUAUAAUUUCAUACCAACACAUCAAUUUUGUGACAUUUCGUCAAGAAAAGUGAUUUGUGCAGUAUUAUUCACCAAGCGUCUUUGUCUUUCCUAUUUCUUAUCUGCCUGCUUUGCUUGCAUCCUUUGGUCAAAUAAGUAGUUAAUGCGAGUGUUGCAUUCUAUAAAUGACAUACUGAUCCUGUGGAUGUUUCUAUUUCUUUUCUUGUGGGCAUCAACUGUUAUCCCUUUCUUUUUUUGGUGAUGUAUGAGUCUAUUCAUAGAUCUUUAUAUUUUCAGUUUUGUAAACGUGAUACCAAAUUUACAUCUACAUUUUUCCAAUGUACUAGAGUAAGUACAGUCUAUUGUAGGGCUUUAAUUCAUUAUUUGGUGUGUAAUACUCUGAUAGCCACAAUAAAAAUGCUCUUAUAUAUAUAUUUUUUUACAUGUCAAAUAAUGAUUCAUGUGCUAAGAGAGUAAUUGGAAAAGGCUUUUACUUACAUGUCGAAGAAGUAAAGUAAUUAAUAUUUAUUUUCAUGUUUGUAAUGAUAUUAUGGGGGCAUUUUGAAUAGCAUUACUUGGACACUCGAGAGAAUUUGUUCUCAAGUUUUAUUUUUAAUGAAAUUAUUUUGCUUUUAAACAAAUAUAAGAAGGGUUUAUUGAAUAAUGACUUACUUAAAAUAUGCAUCCAAAUACGUUCUGAUCGGUAAACAACUUGGAGUUUCUCCUUUCACUGAUCAAUCAUGUUUAUGCAGCAAAAAAGUGAUGUGCAUACACCAAUCCAUGCAUAUAAUGUUGUAAGAAUUGUGAUAUAAGUAAGUUUAAGAGCAAAUGAUUAACAACAAAUUUCACCUAAGCAUAUGAAUGUUGGGUGUGGAUUUUUAGUAUUUCAGCUAAAAACAAUUCUAAUCAUAUUUUUUGGAAGCAAAUUGAUAUUUUAUGGUCAAUUUCCCAUGUUAAUACCUGAAAUAAAAACUGCAGGAGAAAAAAAGGUAGGACAGUUCUGCUAGUAGUUGAAUUAACUUACAAGUGAAUAUAUCAAUAAUAAAGAGUUACAUAAUGCAAGCAAAUAUGCUCCUUUUAACAUCUGUUACCAUAAAAUAGAAUAUAAAAAUAAAAACUGUAUAAUUUGUGUGUAAUUGUAUUAUUGGUGGACAACAUAAGAAUAUGAUCGGUAAACAACUUGGAGUUUCUCCUUUCACUGAUCAAUCAUGUUUAUGCAGCAAAAAAGUGAUGUGCAUACACCAAUCCAUGCAUAUAAUGUUGUAAGAAUUGUGAUAUAAGUAAGUUUAAGAGCAAAUGAUUAACAACAAAUUUCACCUAAGCAUAUGAAUGUUGGGUGUGGAUUUUUAGUAUUUCAGCUAAAAACAAUUCUAAUCAUAUUUUUUGGAAGCAAAUUGAUAUUUUAUGGUCAAUUUCCCAUGUUAAUACCUGAAAUAAAAACUGCAGGAGAAAAAAAGGUAGGACAGUUCUGCUAGUAGUUGAAUUAACUUACAAGUGAAUAUAUCAAUAAUAAAGAGUUACAUAAUGCAAGCAAAUAUGCUCCUUUUAACA